AAAGAAACCCCUUCGAUUAUCUCAGUCUUCGUCGACUCCGCCUUGCCGCACCGACCUUCCGCCUUGAGCGGCAUCGGAGCUUCGAAACCCUAGAAAAUGUCAACAAGUGAAAUGUAGUUCACUGGCCACGGUGCAGUUCCCUCUACCCUACAGUCUUCUUCAGGCUUCGCGCCAACACUCAUCACAGUUUGGGUUCGCUCACUGCAUUUGGAUUCUUUCUUGCACCGGAGAUGGCAAGAGUCUUUCGCCCGGUAACUGUCCUAUAUAUCUUCUUAGCGUUCCCCAGAACUGAAAUUCUUUGUAGUUUACCUCCAAUAGGAAGCUAUGAAGAACGGGUUGGGAAAAGCUAAGAACAGGCGCCUAGGGGCUAUGAACCACAACAGAACUGGCUGGGAGUUGGGGAACGCUAGGAAAAGGCGACGUGAGGAAGAGGAAGAAGAAGAAGGGAAUCAUUCAUGCGGCCGGCGGACAAAUCGUCAUGAUUUUGUAGCCAUGGAAACGAUUAAAGCAUCUAUCAAGGGACAAAUAGGUCUCCGUUGCGAUGGCAAAUCAAUACGGCAACGUUUGAAUCUUUGGAGUUAGAUCUAUGUUUCUGCAGGGCAGGAUGGGAACAACGAAACAGAAGGAGAGGGAUGGGUGGCGACGAGAGGGAGAAGCGAAGUAGCUGUUCUGGGUGGAAACAGGGGACAAGGGUAGAACAACCGUUACUACGAGCAGGGAGAGUGAAGGAGAGAGGAGGCGUUCUUGGCGUAGAUGAUUGGAGGUUAUUGUCGAUUAAGGGUCUGUUCUAUGACUCAUUUCCUCCAUCUCCAGUGAAUUGGCGUGUCUUGGGGAAGGGCAGAGUUCAAGCUCGAUUCCUUCACUGCCACCAGCGACAUCUUGAAGAA